UUGGUCUCCAAGCUCGUUGUGUUACUUUUGUACAGUACUGUACUCUCUCCCUCCGCAUUUCGAAUAAAUUCUCUCUCUUCCAUCGUUUCAAGUCUAAAGGCUUCGUCGGCCAAGCAAGAUGAUGAUAGAUCACUAUUGGAUUGCUUUCAUUAUGGUGGUUUCAUGGCUUUUGGGAGUUUUAGAUGCCAGUGCUGGUGAUGCUGAUCUGCAGUAUAGAGCUUGUGUUAAAAACUGUGAAGAAACUGGAUGUGUUGGGCAAAGAUGCUUUCCACAGUGCAAGUUCUCUAUGGAAGGUGUCUCCAUUGAUGUUCCGUGGUACAUGCGAGAACCCCUUUACUUGCAGUGGAAACAAUGGGAUUGCCAAAGUGAUUGCCGUUACUAUUGUAUGCUUGACAGAGAGAAAGAAAGAGAAGCAUUUGGUCAUGGCCCAGUCAAAUAUCAUGGUAAAUGGCCAUUCAAGCGUGUAUAUGGGAUUCAGGAGCCUGUUUCUGUUGCCUUCUCUGCGCUCAACCUUGCAAUACAUUUUCACGGCUGGCUAUCCUUUUUCAUCCUUCUGUACUAUAAGUUGCCUCUGAAUAAAGAUAAAAAGGCAUACUAUGAAUAUGCCAGUUUGUGGCAUAUCUAUGGGUUUUUGUCGAUGAACUCCUGGUUCUGGAGUGCUGUAUUCCACAGUCGAGAUGUGGAUUUGACAGAGAAACUGGACUACUCAUCUGUAGUGGCAUUACUUGGGUACUCCCUCAUUCUGGCCAUCCUAAGAAUUUUCAAUGUGAGGAAUGAGGCUGCCAGAGUUAUGGUUGCUGCUCCACUGCUCGCUUUUGUGACCACCCACAUAAUGUACCUGAACUUCUAUAAGCUAGACUAUGGAUGGAACAUGAAGGUUUGUGUUGUAAUGGCUGUGGCCCAGCUUCUGCUUUGGGUGAUUUGGGGUGGUGUUUCACGCCAUCCUUCUCGCCAGAAGUUGUGGGUGGUGGUUGUAGGUGGCGGCCUUGCAAUGCUCCUAGAAAUUUAUGACUUCCCUCCAUAUAAAGGGUUUCUGGAUGCUCAUGCUCUUUGGCAUGCCACUACUAUCCCAUUAACCUACAUCUGGUGGAGUUUCAUAAGAGAUGAUGCUGAGUUUCUAACCGCUAACCUGCUUAAGAAGGCAAAAUAGCUUCUUUCAAAUUGACAUGUUAUUCAUUAUGAGCUUCUAAGGCUUUGACCACACAGAAGUCUCUGUUAAUGUAGUCAGUUCCUUUUUCUUUUAUUUAAGAACAGGAGAAUGCUUAGCUUAAAAUCUUACUCGGCUGAACUUUCUUUUGAUUUUUUGGUAGAUUGGACCGUGUAAUGGAACAUAAAGUUGAGGAGCCUAGUGAUUGAUUUUUUUUUU